AUUCUAAACUCCGCUUUCAACCUCAAACAUCCAUAUCCGUUCAUCUACAUGACAGCUUGAUGACCAGAAAAAUACCAAUUGUUCACACAAUAUCUCAUCUUCUUCUCCUACUUUACUCCAUGCAUUGAUCACACAGUCACAAUGUCCGUCCCCGUUUGCGCCGAUUGCUUCAAAGGAACCCUCCGCGGCGACGUCAUCCCCACCGGCCACGAGGAUGUCAUCCACGGACUUCCCACAUACAUCGCGACCCCGGAGCCCUGGGUAAAACCGCUCGGCACGGUAGUUCUCAUUACCGAUGCCUUCGGAUGGACCCUCCGCAACACGCGCGCCCUAGCGGAUUCAUACGCAAAACGUGUUCCCUGCAUUGUGUACGUCCCCGACUUCAUGGACGGCAAAGCUGUCCCUCUCUCGCUCAUGGCCUCAUUCGAGUCGAAGCCCGACCCCAACUCGCCCUGGCUUUUCCGCAUCCUGAGUCGCUCCUGGAACAUCAUCAAGGCCGUCCCCGUUGUCCUCCUCUUCCUUUACCGCACCCGUCCAUCUGUUGCUUGGCCGCGCGUGCGAUCCUUCCUCAGCGCUGUGCGAUCGACGCCGUCGGCGGAUGGUACACCUCCCAAGGUCGGCGUUGCUGGGUUCUGCUGGGGUGGGCUCUACGCUGUUGGCCUUACUAAUACUCAAAACCCGGACAAUUGGGUGACGCUUGGUGGUGGAGGGAAGGUUCCGCUGAUUGACUGCGCGUUCACUGCCCAUCCGUCGUUGCUCAAGUUGCCGAGGCACAUCCAAGAGGUGCAGCUUCCGCUCAGCUUGGCGAACGGGGAGGACGAUGCGUAUAUGGGGAGGGAGAAGAUGAAGGAAGUGACGAGAAUUCUGGAAGACAAGAACAAAACGUCGGCGACGGAGGUGGAGGUGGAGGGGGCGGAUAUGCCGAAUGCGUAUGAGGUUGUGGUGUAUCCGGGAGCCAAGCAUGGGUUUGCUGUGAGAGGAGAUCCGGAGGAUCCGUUGCAGAAGGAGAGGGGAGAUCAGUCUGAGGUUCAGGCUGUGCGUUGGUUCAGCAAAUGGUUUGCCAUGCGAGCGUUCGUGGCCAAAGAGGUCUGAGUUUCUGAGAUAAACCUGUGGUCGGCGCCGCGGCUGUUUGGUGAGUGGUGCCUGCUCCUUCCACUUUACGUCUAACACUGCGACGUGCUUGUGUUUGGGAUAUCUGGGGACCGUUACCACGGUACCGGGAGGCUCUGCGCGUUUCAGCCGUGCGGGUUCUGUAGCUCUUCGCGGACCUUCCACUUCCCAUUCACUUCGUGUUGUCUACCUACCUAGUUAGCGCAACCUGGAGGCCGGGUGCAAUGUGAAUGCUACAACAAAGUAGUAAACCAUCUCCCUUGAAGCUAU